CGGGCUGAGGCGGGGAGCUAGCUACCCAGCCAGCCGCGGUGUUUUUGUGUGUGUGUGUUGGUGUGAGUGUGUGUUGCGGGGGGGGAGGAGAGAGAAGGGAGUUCAGAGGUCAGAGAGCUGGUGGAAUGCUGUAACGGCCGACGGUGUGUGCGAGAGGACUACAGAGGCGGCUGCAAGGAGCUUUCUUGCAGGCACACCAUGAGGCGGGCGAGUUUAUCUGCUGCAUCUUGCAAAGCCCCUCCGGCGUCUGGAGAGCGCAGGUACAUGUGACAGCGCUGCAGCUAUGAGUGGGAUUUUAAAGAGGAAAUUUGACGAAGUUGAUGGCUCCUCGCCCUGCUCUUCUGUGCGGGAAUCAGAGGACGAGGUCUCCAGCAGUGAAAGCGCUGACAGUGGUGAUAGUGUCAACCCAUCUACUUCAAAUCAUUUUACCCCAUCCUCGAUUCUGAAACAAGAGAAGCGGAAGAGGACAAAAAAUGUCCAUUUCAACUGUGUCACUGUGUACUACUUUACAAGACGGCAAGGGUUCACGAGUGUCCCCAGCCAAGGAGGGAGCACCCUUGGCAUGUCCACUCGCCACAACAGCGUCCGACAAUACACCCUUGGGGAGUUUGCGAUGGAACAGGAAAGGCUUCACCAAGAGAUGUUACGAGAGCAUCUCAGGGAAGAGAAGUUGAACUCUUUAAAACUCAAGAUGACUAAAAAUGGCACCGUGGAAUCUGAGGAAGCAAACACUUUGACAUUGGAUGACAUUUCUGAUGACGAUAUAGAUCUCGACAACACAGAGGUGGACGAGUACUUCUUUCUGCAACCUCUGCCAACAAAAAAGCGAAGGGCCCUCUUAAGAGCCUCUGGAGUCAAGAAGAUUGACGUGGAAGAAAAACACGAGCUGCGAGCCAUCCGCCUUUCGAGGGAGGACUGUGGAUGUGACUGUCGAGUCUUCUGUGACCCGGAAACCUGUACUUGUAGCCUUGCAGGCAUAAAAUGCCAGGUGGAUCGUAUGUCUUUCCCAUGCGGUUGCACUAAAGAGGGAUGUAGCAAUACAGCAGGUAGAAUUGAAUUUAACCCCAUUCGUGUUCGGACUCACUUUUUGCACACCAUAAUGAAGCUUGAGUUGGAGAAAAGCAGAGAGCAGCAAGUUUCUGCGCUAAAUGGUUGCCACAGCGAGUUGAGUGCUCACAGCAGUGCAAUGGGCCCCACCACCCACCCGCUUGAAUAUGCUGUUCCAGACGGCUUUGAAAUGGAAGCAGAACCUCGGGGUCCUGUGAUGCACUUGCCAUCUGCUGACGAUUUGGGCUGUCCGGGGGAGGAGGAAGAGGAAGAGGAAGAUGCGAGUAGCUUUUGUAGUGGAGUUACGGAUUCUAGCACCCAGAGUUUGGCACCCAGUGAAACAGAUGAAGAUGAAGAGGAGGAAGAGGAGGAGGAAGAAGAAGAGGAGGAGGAGGAAGAUGAUGAGGAUGAGGAUGAAGAAGAAAAAGUGGAUGAAUUUGUGGAAGGAUUGGGUACUCAUGCCGACAUAGUCCAAGCUCUUCCUUCUGUCCUUUGCUAUUCUGAUAGCGCCACCAUGCAUGAAAGCCAUGCAAAGGCAUCCCCUUACUACACCAAUACAUCGUCACUUUAUUACCAAAUAGACAACCACAGCCCGGGCACUCCUAAUCAGCUUCGUGAGACUUACUCCGAAAGGGAUACUGUUAAGAAUGGUAAUCUUGCUCUGGUGCCUUACAGUGCAGCUUCGGAACAGUUUGUUGACUAUACGCGGCAAUCAGAGGAAAGCUACAGCAGCCCCCUUUAUCCUUCUUCAAACCCAUCUGUCAUCGUCUGCUGCUCAUCUUCAGAAAGCGAGAACGCUGUUCCAUGUCAUAGUUUAUACUCUGAGCAUAGGCCAAGACAUUCCCAAGUGGACCUUCCCUCCUACUUGAAAAGUCCUUCUCCAGAUGGAUUUGUUUCUGCUUUGAACGGGGGCAGUCACCUCCCAGAGCACCCCGUGGAGAACGCACUCAGCCUUUCAGAAAAGAGCAGACUGCAUGAAGAGUGUAUCAAAUCGUCUGUCAUGGAAACGGUACCUGUUUAAAUUAUUUUAGGGCUGAAUCUCUUAUUUAAAUACACACUAUUUUAACUGGAUUCUCUGGAACCACUUUUUUUCCUUCUCCUCAUUGGAGGUAAGGGGACAGACUGUUGUUAAUGUUUUAUUUCUUCUUUCGAGCUAAAGUGGCUGUGGCCAUUGCACAAGAAAGUGUAAAAAGUAAAAUUUAACAGAGGGGAAAAAAAAUCAAAUGGUCUUUUGAUAGAAAAUACUUAAAAAAAAUAGCUGCCUACCUGUCAAACUGUGGGAAGCUGGGCUCUCCGAUUCAGAGCUUCUCAUUUUAUUGUCGGGCUUGUGCAAGGUAAUGAAAUUUUUACUUUGGAAUCUUCAUGUUUAGACUACUACAUUUUCUCACAUAUUUGAAAAAAGAUGGUGAAUUUUUAAAUGUAGAUGUGGUUACGAAAGAACCCUGAAUUGUUCAGUAAUGUAUAUUUUAUUUAUCGUAGCUUAGUACUCAUGUCUUGACGAAAACGAACAGCAUGCUCCUUGGAGCUGAACAUUUGAGCAGAACAGCACAACAAGCAUCAGAUAUUUUUUUAAGGCAAACUACGUGCAUUUUUGUGGUGAUGUCUAAAGCUGGAAUUGAGCUACAUUCUUUGGCUGCUCUAGGCUCUAUUCACUUGUGUAACCUAUGAAUUUAGGGGACAAUCUAGGAAGCACCACUGGGUGGGCGGCAUGCGCCAUGUGCUCCAGUGGCAUUUGUGUGGAGCUCUGGUUAGAGCUCCAGCUGAAUUGCUGUAGAAAGAAACGAAGGAUGCCAACGAGCUCUCACUUUCUGACUUUAUCCUGUAGGCAUGCACAUUUUCUAGAGGAGUGAAAAUUUUCGACAAUCCUCUGUGUUAAAAGUAAAUAUGACACUGACAUAAACAAGGAAGCUGGGCACGGUCCAGCAAAAGUUAGCUGCGAUGGCUUCAGUUUGCUUUGUUAUUCCAUGCAUUUAUCACUUCAGUUUCCAUCCAGAUGCUCUCAAGGGAAUGCUCAGUCUUGAAUAGCUAGCGCCUCUUCAUAAUUCUCCUCCAGCCUUCUCCCACUUUCUCCGUUCAUGCGGGGGAGUUUUGUGCCAUGAAGUUGUUUUCACAGUGGGAGCCCUGCCAUCACUGGAGAGUUGUGCUUGUAGGACAGCUGUGCAUAUUGUUAACAGAAGGACUCAAGUGGGCCUUUGGAGUCAUCUAUGUUAUUGUAGCAGUACAACUGUUGCUUUUCCGCAACAUUUUCUAGAUAGUUAAGAAACUAUAUAUGGUGGAGAGAGUGUACAGGACCUCUGUUAACCCCUCUCCCCCUCUCCAGUUUUUUUUAUAGCAUUACAUAUCCCCUCAUUCAAAGGUAGCUCAGGAUUGACACUAUAGAUUCUAUGCUCCCCAUUGUAUUAUCCUUAUAGCACCCAAACAAAAUGGUUCAGACCUGAGUGGCCAAGGGCCACUUGGUGAACUUAGUGGCUGGCUGCAAUUUCAGUCUAGCUCUCUCUAGCCCUAGGCCAACUGUGUAACUAUUGUAACUCUCUGGCAUACCUGCUUCUCUUUAGAUUCUGCGCAUUUCCCCCUUACAGAGAAUACGAGAGCUGUAUGAGAAGUAACCAGAUGGAAAUGGCCAUCAUAAUGCUAAAGUAAUGGAAACCCAGCCUAUGAACCAGUGAAAUUCGUUGGGUCCAUUAGUUUUCAUUAGUGGGAUUUGGUUGCAACUACCAUUUGAUGGAUUUAUGUGUACCCUGUUGAGAGCAAAGGUGCAAUUUUGGCAUCUUUUUGUAGCUUGGCAAAUAUACAGCUACCUAAUGCACUUUAAGGCCUCCUCUUGUUUGCGGAGGUUGUGGAGAAUCUUGGAGACAUGGCAGAUUGUGGAUGUUUUGUUUUUAUUUUUUAAAGCAUGCACCAUAUAGGCAUUAUACAAAAAUGGCCAGAAAGAAAUGGUGCAGAUUUUCCGUAGCUAAGACUUGAAAACUCAAAUAAGUUAUUAUUAAAAGGAGAAAAUAGUUCUGUUUCUUGAGAAAGCGAUAGGUUAUGAGCACUUACAAACUGCAAGACCAACAGAGUUCUAUGGGCAUUUAGAGGUUCCACUCAUUGUAAGUCAAGAGCUCACCCACAAUCAUUACAGAUACUGAACUCAACAGGAGUUUAUCUGCAACUGCUGCUUUUAGUUAUGGACUUGAGACAUAAUAAAACCGGUACUACUUGUUAUUGACUGAUCAAAACUCUGCUCCAGGACCUCUGACCACCCGGACCUUCUUGCACACAUGGAGCUUCCUCCAUUUAUUUCAGCAGAGAGGAUGGAUCUGUGUAUGGCAGCAAUUGUAGGCCAGAACUGUUUCUUGCAUUGGAGUGAAGCUUGCUGGGUUGGAGUGGGAAAUGUCCCUGCAGGCAGAGGUGAGCUCUGUGUAUUUCAGAGUUUAGUCAUUUGUAAGAUCAAUAUAGAAAACAUUCAUGUAUGAUUUCUUGUUAGAUCGCAAGAACGAUGCCCAUGUGUGUAAUAUGGAUAACCAAAAACUGACUUCUCACUCUCCCACUUAACAGCUGGGUCAGAGUCACCUCUUUCAGGUAGCAUAAUCCAUAAUAUAUGUGUGUAUUGUUGAACUACGAAUUGGCAUAAUAUAUUGAAAUGGUAGUUUAAAGCACAGUAUUCGCUUGUUAUUUGAAUAAUCCCAUCCUUUUAAAUUGAACAAAGUGCACCCUUUCCCAAAUUUGAUUCUGUGCCCCCUGGUCUCACCUGACCUUCUUUUUUGUUGGGGGGGAAGGGAGGGGCAGUGAAUUUCGGUUUCCAGAAGCUUUCAGGAAUACCAACUUGCCUUUUAAACAAGACACAGGACCUCACUACAUCAUUUAACAUUUUUCUCAGAACUGAAAGUAGACUUCUAGGCACUUCCAAGUUAAUUUUUUCCUCUUGGUUAGGCUGCGCACUCCUGGAGAUUCCUGGGGAGGGAAAAUUGGCUGCCAGAUACACCAAAGCUGGCCACCCUGUUUUAAAUAAAGAGUUCCUGUACAGGUUGAUUUUGAGUAAAAUAACCUUGUACUAAUGAAACAGCUGUGCUGCGUACAGAGGCCUUUAUUGAAGGGUGCCAUAACAACAGUGCAUGAAAACUGUCUUUUAAUUGUAAUUAAUAGAUUACAGCCCACUCAAAAGUCAUGACUAUGCGUCUCAUACAGAAUUACAUUUUUUUGGCUCACAACUGUAGACUUAAGGGUACCAAUUCAAAUCAAGCUUUUCCCUUUGUUUCAGCAGCCAUAUGUAUGCCUUUGUCUCUUUCUGGGAAGGGUGAAAUUGUCCUUUUGCCCAAUAGCUUCAUGUUCCAAGGAGGCAUGUUAAUUGUGCAAAGCCUUGAGCUUUCUUGAUCAUUCUAGUCAUGAUUUUAACCACCACACAUAGUCUACCAGCUUUGGUCAAUGUCUGCCUUGCAGCAAAGCUCAGAGUCACUUGGAUGUAAGAAGGGAGGCGACCUUGCUUCCUAUUUAUGGAUUUCUUUCAAUUUUCCUGGCUUCCUUUGGUCAGAUAUUGCACAAUAAAUGGGAGAGGAUGGUGAAAAUAAACUCCUGUGGCUCAGCUAAUCAAGUGCCGUAUUUCCUGCAUUGUUAAGCCUUGGUUUUAUAUCUGUGAACCUUACCUCUACGUGCCAAAAGGCUUGUUGUGACUAAAUGGCAAAUAACAGUAAAUGUGCUUUGUUCACAUUUUUGCACAUUAUCUUUAAAUGAAGAUGAUCCUGCUGAAUUUAUAACAGAUUUGAUGCCCAUUAGUUUUGGAUGCUUGUCAGCAUGUUAGAACAUAGCAUUGGCAUUGUCAACAAGGUCUUCUUUGCAGCCACUCAGUGCCCCUUCUAAUAACAAAUCACUUCUAAAACAUCAAAGUUUAGCAGACCAGAAAAAAAAUAACCAAGCCCACUCUUUUGACCAAUUAAGUCUUUGCAGCAUGUAGUUACUGACGAUUAGAAAUGGACAGAGCCAUUUAGUUCUGCCAGUAAGGAGAAGAUACACCAGCAAUUUCUGUAGAUGGCUUUUCCCCUUGAAGAAGGUCUUACAACAUUGUUGGAUUAGAAUGCAUCGGGUUUUUGAACAAAUGCACACUCACUUGCAGUGUCUUGAGACAUGUCGCUUCCAUAUGUAGCUUUUUUUGACAUCAACCAUGGAGAACAUGGGUAAGCCAGAUAGGUGUUCUUGGACUGCAACUCUCAGAAACCCCAGCCAGCACAGCUGGUAGCAAAGACUUCUGGGAAUUGCAGUCCAAGAACAUCCAGGUUACCCAAGGCUGGGAACAACUGAUAUCAAGCAAUGGGUGUGGGGAAUAUCCCAAGGACACAGUCAUGUUGGUAUGGCAGGUUGCUCAGAGAGUUAAAGACUGUAUUACUAGAACAGAAUUAUGGUCUGUGCUAUAGCAUAUCAAGAGUUGUUUUCUCUCUUUUAAUGACAGUGCAUAUAAUACAGUACUGUAAACUCAUUGCCCCAGUAAAUUCACACAAGUGAUCAGUAGUUUCUGAGCUCUUAUCCAGUGAAGAGUGUGUGUUGCCCUUCUAUAAUCAGGCCACAUUUCCAGAUGGAUGAAAUGUGAGGGAUGGAAUGAGAGGUAGAUCAGAUUGGCCUCACCUGCUGUGCUUUGACCAGUAGGCCACAGUGUAAAAGUGAUCUAUGCCCAGAUUGCCUUUGCUGGAGGAUAGCAACUUAAUUUAAUUCUAAUCACAUGAGAAAACUCUGGAAAAUUCGAACAUUCCUAACAUGUUUAAAUGCAUUAUCCUCAUUUAAUAAUUUUUUCACUGAAAAAAGUCCAAUUAAUUAAUUUCUAAUUCAUUAAUUGCUCUCAAGCUUGUAGGAUAACAUACAACAUUUCUGCCAUCAAUCUACCCUGUUUCCCUGAAAAUAAGACCUAACCUGAAAAUAAGCCCUAGUAUGAUUUUUCAGGAUGCUU